AUAAAGGGGCGGAGCUAAGAGAGAGGAAGUGGCCUGCGGGGUCGUGAAACGUGGGGCAACGUUCGUGGGGCUGCUGGAUAAAGGUGGCGGGCACCCACGGCGAUGCGUCUGACGUGGCUUGUAAGUGUUGCCCUUUGGGGGCUGACCACCUGUGUGCCCAUUGAACGUCCCAAGGAGAAAAAAGAGGCUGAAACUCCCCCAGAUCCAUCUGACACCGGUCUGUUUUACAAUCGCUACCUCCAAGAAGUCAUCAAUGUGUUGGAAACAGACGGGCACUUCCGAGAGAAACUGCAGGCAGCAGAUGCCGAGGACAUCAAGAGCGGGAAACUCAGCAAGGAGCUGGAUUUCGUCAGCCACCACGUCCGCACCAAACUGGACGAACUGAAGCGUCAGGAGGUCUCCCGGCUUCGGAUGCUUUUGAAGGCCAAGAUGGAAGCCACCAUGGAACAAAGAUUAGGCCACAGGACUUUACUGAAGCAGUUUGAGCAUCUGGACCCUCAAAGCAACACCACGUUUGAAGCUCGAGACUUGGAGCUGCUCAUUCAGACUAUGCGUCCCGCGACUAAGCACCUGGAGAACUUUGAUGCGGACCAUCACAAUGAGUUCAAGCGCUAUGAGAUGCUGAAGGAACACGGCGUCGGGAAUUACCCGCAAGUCUCACUGGAUGAGGAGAAGCGGCGGCGUUCGAGAGCUCAGAGAAGAAGCAUAAAGGAACACCCCAAAGUCAAUGCCCCGGGAAGCCAAGAUCAGCUCAAGGAGGUUUGGCAGGAGACGGACGGCUUAGACCCCAACGAGUUCAACCCCAAAACCUUCUUCAACUUGCACGACACCAACAGCGAUGGCGUCUUGGAUGAGCAGGAGUUGGAGGCUCUUUUCACCAAGGAGCUGGAAAAAGUGUACGAUCCCCGCAACGAGGAAGAUGACAUGCUGGAAAUGGAAGAAGAGCGGCUGCGUAUGCGUGAACACGUCAUGAAAAACGUGGAUCUAAACAGGGACAGGCUGGUGAACCUGGACGAGUUUCUCAAAUCUACACAGAAGAAGGAAUUUAACGAAGCCGAUGGAUGGAAGACAGUGGAAGAAACACAAGUCUAUUCCGAGGCCGAGCUUCAGCGCUUUGAGGCGGAGUUAAUGGCCCAGGAGGUGGAGUUAGGCCGGCGUGCAGAGCACCUCCGCCGGCAGCACGAAGAACUUCAGCAGCGGCAGGUGGAGCUGGAUGCGCAGAAGAAGGAGUAUCAGCAGGCUGUGCUCCAAAUGGAACAGAGGAAAUCUCAGCCGCAGCCCGAGCAAGGACACCCGGCUGGACCAGGGGGUGAGCUGAAGUUUCAGGCGCAGCCUCCGCAUGCGGCCCCAGCAGACCAGGCGCUUCCACCUGAUUCUCACCCCGGCGCACCGGACCACGCUGUCCCACAGAACGAAGCAGAACCUUCUCAGAACCAGCAGCACUCCCAAGUCGAGAUCCAUUAGGACACUGAGGCGGGAAGGGAGCGACGCUUUACUUUUCAAGGAGUACAAGUUUGGGAAAGAAUUAAAAACGUGCCUCCCUCCCCUCCGCCCGCAGUCUGAAGUGGUACAGCCCGUUUUACAACCUCAGAAUUCUGUCCCCUCGUUUUUUUCUGUCAUACGUAGAUGAGGGAGGGCAGGAAUCGAGGGAUGGUGGGAGGAGCUUAUUUAAAAGCUCCGCCCCCGCCCCUUUUGUUCAUCAGGGCUUUGUGUUCCUCUUAAUUAGAAUGAACCAAUGAGGGAGGCGGAGGGAUGUGCCAUUCAGAAGGUGCAGGUCGGAACUGAUACCACACCCUGGGCAUUGUCCUUGGGUUCCAGAGGCUUCUGGGAAAAUAAAAGGGGGUGGGGGGAGUCGAAGGCAUGAUGCUGCUGUUCUGUGUUCCUUCCUCCUCGCCUGAUUUUAUCACGAAUUUUGCAGUGUUGCACCUUUAAAAAAAAAAAAACAGACGCAAAAGAGCGGAAAUUUGAUUGUGGUUUUGGAAACAACCUGAGUUCUUUUUAUUUAAUAAAGCUGUUGUGACACCCCCCC